AAAGAACUGCAAUUACGCUGGAGAGGCUGCAGAAGCAUUGAACAGUUCUUUCUGAGUUCUUUUGAUUUUUGUUGCCUUUCCAUGACUUCCUGUCCUGUUUAGAGCUGUGUCUUUUUAUUUUUUAUUUUUAGUGUGCGCGGUUCUGAGAUUAUUAGAAAAAUGUGCUGAAGGUUCACGGUGAGGCGUGGCUAUUUUUGUUAGAAGCUGAUACUUUAGACUGAGCUUUAAGUGGUGCCUCUGGAAGACCUUGGGUUGCUGUGAGAGGGCAGGAUUCUGCAGAGGAAAAAGACAUUUCAGAGGGGCACAAAAGAAGAAGGAACACAAUUAGACAAAGCAGAGGACCUCCCUCCUUCUCAUUCUGCAGCUCCUGCAAGAGCCAGCAACCCAGAAGUACAGUCUAAGCUGCCACAGUAGAUCUUAACUAUUUUACCAUCAUCAUGGCUGAGAUUACAGCAGAAGGACAUAUGUCUACAACUACAACAAUAAUAGAUGGUAAGAAUGGAUCCGUUCCUUCAUCAUCCAUGAAAGUCAGCAAGAAAUCAGUUACAGAAGACCUCGUGACAACAUUCAGCUCACCAGCAGCAUGGCUUCUCGUUGUUGCUCUGAUUAUUACCUGGUCAGCAGUAGCUAUUGUAAUGUUUGACUUGGUGGAUUACAAAGACUUGGCAGCUAUAGACACCUAUUCACAACAUUGCGAUGAUCCCUGUUUACCACCUGGAAGAUCUGUUAACAAGCUCAGCACAGAACCACUGAGAAUCAUUCAUGAGACACUGGAAGAAUCCGCUGAUUGGAUUUAUGGCUUUUUUUCUUUACUGUCUGACAUCGUAUGGAGUGAUGAUGAUGACGACAGUGAUGAAGGUGAAGUGGAACCUUCCAUGAAAAAAGAAAUUCAAAAAGAGAAAACGGAGAGACACGAAAAACGAACACCAACAAAGGCAAUUCAGAGAGAUAAACCUGAAAAACAAGAAAAAAUUGAGAGGAAGGAACCCCUAAAGGUGACACAUAAAGACAAACCGGAAAGACAAGAAAAACUUGAAAGAAAGGAAAGGCAUGCAGCUAUUCACAAAGACAAACUUGAAAAGCCAGAAAAACCUGAAAAGAAAACACCUACUAAAGGUAACACAGAUUGUCUUCAGAUAUUGCACAAUUUUAGAUUUUCAACGCUUACAUAG